AUGGGUGGCCCAAUCUUCAAUCGGAAUAAGCUGCGCCUGUCGCGGCCCUUCAAUCAGAAUGUCAUCAUGGGACUAAUCCUCUACGGCGUAUACACCGUAGUUGGGUGGUGCAGCGGCUCCAUUCUGAACUUUCUCGGCCCAAAGUACACCGCAGCUCUUGGGGGUAUAACUUAUCCGUUUUAUGUUGGAUCUCUGUGGUAUUAUGAUCGGGUCGGUCACGACGCCUUUCCACUCUUUGCCGGUGGCCUACUUGGGGUUGGCGCGGCUUUCUUUUGGACCACAUCAGGAUUCAUUCAGUUUGCCUAUGCAGAGGAGAAGGACAAAGCCAAGUACAUCACUAUUCAGUGGGUACUCUCUGCAACCGGUAGUACAGUGGGGGCCAUCAUCGCGUUCUCUGCGAAUUAUCAGAGCACAGAAGCGAUCGGCGUCUCGUCAGGAGUUUACAUUGCUUUCAUUGCCAUCAUGUGCUUCGCCAUAGGCAUAGUUCUGGUCUUUAUCAUUAAGCCAGAGAAUGUCGUCCGAGAUGAUGGGCGACACAUCGCCAUAUUCAAGGAGCCGACCGUUAUUGAAGAAGUCAAAGGCGUGUUCUCGGUGAUGACAGACCCCAAGAUCUUAUUUCUUCUGCCGGCCAUGUUUGUGGGUGAAAUGUGCCUGGCCCUUGUCAGCAGUAUCAAUGCUCGGUACUUCAAUCUUCGCACAAGAUCUCUAAGCAACCUGCUCUUUCAAGUUGUCAUGAUCCCUACACCAUUAGCUUUAGCAUGGGUCAUGGACAACCAACGAAUCAGUUCCCGCCGCACACGGGGCUUCAUCGGCGUCGCCAUUGUAGGGACGGUUACGCUAGCAGCUACUGCUGGCUUGCUAGGUUGGAUCCUCAAGAACGACAUAGAUAAUAGGGACAAUUCAGUCGCUGUUGACUGGACUGAUUCCGCAUUUGCUGCGGCCUUUGUGCUGUAUCUCUUGUUCGGGAUUGUUUACGCAUGCUUUCAGAUCACGGUACAGUGGACAUUGGCCUGUUUGUCUAACGACCCGAGGCUAUGCGCACGCUAUGCUGGAGCAUUCAAAGGAACAGUCAGUCUUGGCAUGUGCGUCUCGUUCGUCGUUGACUCCCAGGGCAUGAGCCAUCGCGACCAGGCCAUCAUGCAACUGGUGUUGUAUGCCUGUGGCAUUUUUUGCUUGGCCUAUGUCAUCGCGGUUUACAUGAAAGAAACAAAUUACUUACUUGAGAGCAUGGUUGUGGUUCCUGAAGCUGUGGAGAAGGCGCUGAUGGCGAGGCAGGCUGCUGACCCAGAAGCCGAAUUGAAGGAGGAGAAGCAUAUGACAUCUGGACACAAGACGUCUUAG